GCUUAUGUUGGCCUGGACUCAUCGCAAUCUCGGAGAGGUUUAUUUGUUUUUUGAGUCAACUAAAUCGUGCCUCCAACAAAUGCCGAACUCUAUUUUGCUCCCUGCAUCACAGCAAUCGACGAUGGAGAUGAUUUUGUUCCGAAUAGAUCUAGGGUUGGCUCACUGUUUUGCGUGCAAUUAUGCCGAGAGAAGGGGUGGCUUGAAUCUGUUUUGGCAGGAUGAGUUUGCCGUUCAAAUUUCCUCUUUCUUGCCAUUAUCAGAUCUAGGGUGGGCUUUGUUGUUCUGGGAGCAAUUGUGCCGAGAGAAGCCAUCUCACAUUGAGGUCGUAAUAGUAGAUCCGGGUGGAUGUCAAUGGCUUUUAACAGAGUCAAAUUUCCAUGCUGUGAAGGAAGAUGAUGGUGUUUUGCAGGGGCAGCAUGGCCCUCAAGCUGGUAAAGGGGCUCUAGAUCCCUUAUUAACCUAUGAUAGCCAGGGAUUGUUGAGGAUUGGAACAGAUGGGCAUAUGUUUGGAUGCACUUGCAGACGAAUUGGGUACCUGGCGACUGCACAGAGGAGGACCACACCCCUCCUCUUGAUUAUUAUUUUUUAAGAAAUAGCUUGGAUGGCAACCUAUAGUUUGGGGACUGUUUGUUGCCAAAAUCCGUUCUCUCCCCGAGAAGCUAGUUAAUUAGGUGAGGACGUCCAGUAGCUUUCGAUGCUCAUAGGGACCUUCCUUUCUACAUUAGUAGCCCUAUUUAGCCCAUACAGCGAUUGCACUUUACAAUCUCUAGUUGCAGAUGGCUCUCUUUAUUUAAUUGUCUAUAUUCGUCAUGGGCAUAGUUUAAAUCUGUUACUAGGCUGUAGGUUAUGCUUCUGCUGCUGAUUUUGCUGUUUAAGCUCUUAUGCGUUAGGCUAUAUGCCAUGUGAUGGAGUUUUUACUGUACUUUUCUUAUUAUUCAAUAUAUUUCUCCAUUUCUU